AUGGCCCUCAACCCCUUCUCCUCCGGCACCCGCCUCCGGGACAUGAUACGGGCGAUACGCGCGUGCAAGACGGCGGCGGAGGAGCGGGCGGUGGUGCGGCGGGAGUGCGCGGCGAUACGGGCCGCGAUCAGCGGGGACGGCCAGGACCUGCGGCACCGCAACAUGGCCAAGCUCAUGUUCAUCCACAUGCUCGGCUACCCCACCCACUUCGGCCAGAUGGAGUGCCUCAAGCUCAUCGCCGCCGCUGGCUACCCCGAGAAGCGGAUCGGCUACCUCGGCCUCAUGCUGCUCCUCGACGAGCGCCAGGAGGUCCUCAUGCUCGUCACCAACUCGCUCAAGCAGGAUCUCAACCACUCGAACCAGUUCAUCGUGGGGCUCGCGCUGUGCGCGCUCGGGAACAUCUGCUCCGCCGAGAUGGCCCGGGAUCUGGCGCCUGAAGUGGAGAGGCUGAUGCGAAGCAGGGAUGCUAAUACAAAGAAGAAGGCUGCUUUGUGCUCUGUAAGGAUUGUAAGAAAAGUCCCGGAUUUGGCGGAAAACUUCAUGGGUCUUGCUGUAUCAUUACUGAAGGAAAAACACCAUGGGGUUUUGAUAUCUGCAGUUCAGCUCUGCACUGAAUUGUGUAAAGCCAGCAAAGAUGCACUGGGGUACCUGAGAAAGAACUGCAUCGAAGGUCUGGUCCGAAUACUUAGAGAUGUCUCCAAUAGUUCAUAUGCUCCUGAGUAUGAUGUUGCUGGCAUUUCGGAUCCUUUCUUGCAUAUCCGGGUUCUUAAACUUAUGCGUAUGUUGGGUCAAGGUGACGCAGAUUGCAGUGACUAUAUGAAUGAUAUUCUCGCUCAGGUCGCAACAAAAACCGAGUCAAACAAGAAUGCUGGAAAUGCCAUCUUAUAUGAAUGUGUUGAGACUAUAAUGGGUAUUGAAGCUACUAGUGGUCUACGUGUCCUGGCUAUUAAUAUUCUGGGUAGAUUCUUGUCAAACCGCGAUAACAAUAUAAGAUAUGUUGCUCUGAACAUACUUAUGAGGGCCAUUACAGUAGAUGCACAAGCCGUACAGAGGCACAGGGUGACAAUAUUGGAGUGUGUAAAGGACGCUGAUGCCUCCAUUCGCAAAAGGGCCCUGGAACUUGUUUAUUUGUUGGUCAAUGAUACAAAUGUAAAGCCUCUGACCAAAGAGCUAGUCGACUACUUACAAGUAGCUGAUCCAGACUUCAAAGAAGAUCUCACAGCCAAGAUAUGCUCCAUAGCUGAAAAGUUGAUGUUCAAGGUUUUAUCCCUGAAAUCUAAGAAAAGUCUAGCCAUCUGGGAAAUAAAAUGUCUAAUAAUGGCUGUUGGAAAUGCUGGAAAUCAUGUGAAAGAUGAUGUGUGGCAUGCCCUUAUUGUUGUAAUAAGCAAUGCGUCUGAACUUCAAGGAUACUCAGUGAGAUCAUUAUACACGGCUUUACAAGCAUACAGUGAACAGGGAAGUUUACUGAGAGUAGCUGUUUGGUGCAUUGGUGAAUAUGGUGAAAUGCUAGUGAACAAUGUUGGCAUGCUUGAAGCUGAGGCACCAAUCACAACAUCAUGCCAAGCACAUCAACCUGUGCAGGUAACAGAAUCUGAUGCUGUAGAUGCUGUUGAGCUAGGUCUUAACCGUUACUCUCCAGAUGUGACAACUAGGUCCAUGUGUCUAGUUGCUCUUUUGAAGCUCUCCUCACGGUUUCCAUCUAUGUCGGAGAGGAUAAAACAAAUAGUUGCCCAGAAUAAAGAAAAUAUGGUGCUUGAACUACAGCAAAGAUCAAUUGAAUUCGGUUCCAUUAUACAAAGACAUCAGUCUAUCAGGUCAUCUUUGCUUGAACGCAUGCCUGUACUGGAUGAAGCUACUUAUCUUGUGAAGAGGGCUAGUGCCACACAAGCAACUAUUCCAGCAUAUAAGCCUGCAGCAGUCACUCCUGGAGGCCUUAAGCUUCCUAAUGGUGUAGCAAAACCUGCUGUAGCUCCAUUAGUUGAUUUGCUGGAUUUAAGUUCUGACGAUGCACCAGCCACUUCCGCUGCUUCUGCUACUACAGCACCUAGUGAUUUUCUACAAGACCUUUUGGGUAUUGGUGGGACAAAUCUAUCAACUGCAGGAGCACCUUCAUCUGCAAGCACAGAUAUUCUAAUGGAUCUUCUAUCCAUGGGAUCGUCUCUAUCACAGAAUGGUCUGCCAUCUCCAGCCCAAGAGAAAAAACCUGUUUCUGCUGCACCUCAAGUUGGUUCUCUUGUACCCGAACCUAUGGAUCUACUCGGCAGUUUGUCAUCAAGUGCAUCUAUUUCUGUGCCAAAAUGUAACACUUGUGCCUCAGGAACGAAAUCCACUAUUGCUGCACCUCAAGCUGUGGAUCUGCUCGAUGGUUUGUCACCAAGUACGUCCGUUUCUGGACUUGAAGAUACUCGUCCGUCAAUAACGGCUUUCCAGAGUGCAACUUUGAAGAUCACCUUUGAUAUCAGAAAACAGCCUGGAAAGCCGCAAGAGACUAUCAUCCAUGCCACUUUUACAAAUUUGACAUCUAGCAAUUAUACAGAUUUCGUUUUUCAGGCAGCUGUUCCAAAGGCUAAAAUAUUUUCUGAUAUUGAUGGAAUGUUCCUUAUGCUUUCCAAAACGAUACUGCAGUUCAUUCAAUUGCGACUUGAUCCAGCUAGUGGUAACAUUGUUCCAGCUAAUGGAAAGGGUUCAGUCACACAAGGUUUCAGUGUCACGAAUAAUCAGCAUGGGCAGAAACCACUUGCAAUGCGUAUCCGGAUGUCGUACAAAGUGAACGGCGAGGACAGGUUGGAACAAGGUCAAGUCAGCAAUUUUCCACCUGGAGUAUAG